UUCUUACUUUUACUCUUUAUUUCGUUUCCGUAAAGCUUCGUCGGAGCGGAGAUGAAGGUGGUCGCUGCCUACUUGCUGGCUGUUUUGGGAGGCAACACCUGCCCCUCGGCCGGUGAUCUGAAGGACAUCCUCGGAUCAGUUGGAGCUGAGGCUGAUGAUGAUAGGAUUGAGUUGCUCUUGUCUGAAGUCAAGGGAAAAGACAUCACUGAGCUGAUUGCCGCCGGAAGGGAAAAGUUGGCCUCUGUGCCCGCCGGAGGCGGUGGCGCCAUGGCCGUUGCUGCAGCUCCAGCGGGUGGUGCUGCUGCUGGUGGCGCUGCUCCGGCUGCUGAGGCUAAGAAGGAGGAGAAGGUCGAGGAGAAGGAAGAGUCUGACGAUGAUAUGGGCUUCAGUCUCUUUGACUAAGGCACAGACGGUGAUUUUGCUUACAAAGAGGAGUGUCGUGGAUAUAGGCACAAUUGUGUGGUCUCCCUAGUGUAAUAGUUAGAAGUUGUUCAUUUUGUUACUGUCGGGACUCCUUCAAUUUUUCUUUUUGGCUUACCUAAUGAGAUGUUUUUGGACGCUGGAUUAAUUUUUUCCCCGAGAUUCUUCUGUUUCGGAUUC